ACGUGUAUUUUAUUAUCAUUGAUUGCAUGUUUGGUUUUUUGACAUUUUGCUCUUGUUUUUCUGAUCUAGUUUAGUGAAAAUACCUGAAAAAUCAUUUUUUCUUAUUCCUCCGCAGUCUUCAAAACCAUGGAGGAGCUCACAAAGUUGGAACAUCUAUCGUUGGUGUCUAAAAUAUGCACAGAGCUGGAUAAUCAUCUGGGACUAAAUGAUAAAGACCUCGCGGAAUUUAUUAUUGAUCUUGCUGAAAAAAAUCCCACAUUUCCUCGUUUUAAGGCUGUCCUCAUGGAAAAUGGUGCUGAAUUCUCAGACUCAUUCAUCUCUAAUCUUCUUCGGAUAAUCCAACUUAUGAAGCCAAGUGCUGGAUCAUCGAAAAUAUCAGUCUUUGAAGUGGGCGACAAAGACAGUUUAUCAAUGAAGUUUCCGGGACUCGCUAUCCCAAAUAAAGAUCAAAAACAGAUGCUUCUUGAGGAUGAGGAGGAGAUGAAGGAGAAAAAGGUUAAAGAGAAGCAUUUAGAAGAAGUCAACGAUAUAUUUUCUGCACUUGAAGCUGCAGCUCUCUCCAAAAGUAGGAAUGUGGAAGAGAAGCGCCGCAGGAGCAGAUCGAAGUCCAGAGAAAAGCGUAGAGAGGACAGAAGAAGCCGAAGAGAUGGGUCAAGAUCGAGACAUCGUGACAGAAGGACUAGAAGUCGCUCGAGGGAAUGGCAUAGGAGUAGAAGUCGCUCGAGAGACAGGCACAGGAGAAGAAGCAGAUCCAGGGAUCGCAGAAGACACAGAAGUCAUUCGCGAGAAAGAAGACAUCAGUCCCCCCUUCAAGAAGAUCCAGAACCUGGUAAAAUAUAUUCCGGAAAGGUAGCCAAUAUCGUGCAGUUUGGCUGUUUUGUACAAAUUCUGGGAGUUAGAAAGCGUUGGGAAGGUCUAGUGCAUAUUUCCCAGCUUCGAGCAGAGGGACGAGUGACCAAUGUCUCUGAUGUGGUAUCCAGAGGAUCCAAUGUUAAAGUGAAAGUGAUUUCGGUAACUGGACAAAAAGUUUCCUUGUCCAUGAGAGAUGUAGAUCAGGACACAGGAAGAGAUCUCAAUCCAUCAUCCCACGCUCAUCUCUUGGCUGAAAAUGAUCUUAGAAAUAGGAAUCCUGAUCGACCCAUUGGGGGCACUUCGAUGCUUCAUCUCCAAGGGAAUCUGGACAAUGAUGAACAAGAUGUCGCCAGGAAGAAAGUCACAAGAAUAUCGAGCCCUGAGCGGUGGGAGAUCAAGCAGAUGAUCUCUUCGGGGGUGAUUGAUCGUAGUGAACUGCCUGAUUUUGAUGAGGAAACAGGUUUGUUGCCCAAGGAUGAAAAUGACGAGGCAGACAUUGAAAUUGAGAUUGUUGAAGAGGAACCAGCUUUUUUGGCUGGUCACGGCAGAGCUUUGCAUGAUCUAUCUCCCGUGAGAAUAGUGAAAAAUCCGGAUGGAUCUCUUGCCCAAGCAGCCAUGAUGCAAUCGGCUCUGGCUAAGGAGCGCCGAGAGCAGAAAAUGCUGCAGCGUGAACAGGAAAUGGAUUCCAUUCCGGCGAGUCUCAAUAAAAACUGGAUUGAUCCAUUACCGGAGGAAGACAGUAGGACCCUAGCAGCUAAUGUCAGGGGCAUUGGAAUGUCCACUCAGGAAGUGCCUGAAUGGAAGAAGCAUGUGAUCGGUGGGAAAAAGUCAUCUUUUGGCAAGAAGACUGACAUGACACUCAUUGAACAACGUCAGAGCCUUCCAAUCUUCAAACUUCGCGAGGAUCUCAUUAAAGCCGUCAAUGACAAUCAGAUCCUCAUUGUGAUUGGAGAGACUGGAAGUGGUAAAACCACCCAGAUAACGCAGUAUCUAUCUGAAAGUGGAUUUAGUGCCCGUGGGAAGAUCGGAUGUACUCAGCCCAGACGUGUGGCUGCCAUGUCGGUAGCUAAACGUGUUGCUGAGGAGUUUGGUUGCCGAAUGGGUCAGGAAGUUGGCUAUACCAUUCGUUUUGAGGACUGCACCAGUCCAGAGACCAUAAUCAAGUACAUGACGGAUGGUAUGUUGCUGAGAGAGUGUCUGAUGGAUCUAGAUCUCAAAUCAUAUUCGGUAAUUAUGUUGGACGAGGCUCACGAGAGAACCAUCCACACUGAUGUCCUCUUUGGGCUUCUCAAACAAGCUGUCCAGAAGCGUCCGGAAUUGAAACUCAUCGUGACAUCAGCGACUUUAGAUGCUGUAAAAUUUUCCCAAUACUUCUUCGAAGCUCCAAUUUUCACAAUCCCCGGAAGAACAUUCUCCGUGGAAGUGUUGUAUACCAAGGAACCUGAAACAGAUUAUCUGGAUGCAUCGCUAAUUACUGUAAUGCAGAUCCAUUUGAGGGAACCACCAGGAGACAUUCUGCUCUUCCUCACUGGUCAAGAAGAGAUUGACACUGCCUGUGAGAUUCUCUAUGAGCGAAUGAAGAGUCUAGGACCAGAUGUCCCAGAAUUGAUUAUUCUCCCUGUUUACUCUGCCCUGCCAUCAGAAAUGCAAACCAGAAUUUUUGAACCAGCUCCUGCAGGAAGUCGAAAAGUAGUAAUUGCCACAAAUAUCGCUGAAACAUCCCUGACUAUUGAUGGGAUUUACUAUGUUGUGGAUCCAGGUUUUGUCAAACAAAAGGUUUACAAUUCCAAAACCGGCAUGGAUUCACUCGUCGUAAUGCCCAUUUCCCAAGCAGCUGCGAAGCAAAGGGCAGGAAGAGCUGGUAGAACUGGACCUGGAAAGUGUUAUAGACUGUAUACAGAGAGAGCAUAUCGAGAUGAGAUGCUUCCAACGCCUGUCCCAGAAAUCCAACGUACCAAUCUCUCCAUGACAGUGCUGCAGCUCAAGACAAUGGGCAUCAAUGAUCUUCUGCAUUUUGAUUUUAUGGACGCUCCUCCCGUUGAGUCCCUGGUGAUGGCUCUGGAACAGCUUCAUUCCCUUUCAGCCCUCGAUGACGAGGGUCUUCUGACUCGUCUUGGACGUCGAAUGGCUGAAUUUCCGCUUGAGCCAAAUCUCUCAAAGAUGCUCAUUAUGUCAGUGGCUUUAAAUUGUUCCGAUGAAGUCCUCACAAUUGUCUCAAUGCUUAGUGUGCAGAAUGUCUUCUAUCGUCCAAAAGAUAAACAAUCUCUGGCCGAUCAAAAGAAGGCUAAAUUCAAUCAAGCUGAGGGAGAUCAUCUCACUUUGUUGGCUGUCUACAACAGCUGGAAGAACAAUAAAUUCUCCAAUGCUUGGUGUUACGAGAACUUUGUGCAGAUACGUACACUGAAACGAGCCCAAGACGUGAGGAAGCAACUGCUGGGCAUCAUGGAUAGGCACAAAUUGGACGUGGUUUCGGCAGGAAAGAAUACAGUGAGGGUGCAAAAAGCCAUUUGUUCGGGCUUCUUCAGGAAUGCCGCUAAAAAGGAUCCCCAGGAGGGAUACAGGACCCUAGUAGACUCUCAAGUGGUCUACAUUCAUCCAUCUAGUGCACUCUUCAAUCGCCAACCAGAAUGGGUUGUUUACCAUGAACUGGUGCAGACAACAAAGGAGUAUAUGCGUGAAGUGACGACUAUAGAUCCCAAAUGGUUGGUAGAAUUUGCUCCAUCCUUCUUUCGCUUCUCCGAUCCCACUAAGCUCAGUAAGUUCAAGAAGAACCAGCGCCUGGAGCCACUCUACAACAAGUACGAGGAACCAAAUGCCUGGCGAAUAUCCAGGGUGCGUCGCAGGAGGAAUUGAGGCCAAUAAAAUUGUGUUGAAUGGCAAAA